AUGUCUCAGUUCUUCCCCCAAUUGCGUGCCUCUGCUGCCGGUGCCAGAAUGUUCAGCACAUCAGCAACGAGGUUGAACCCAGGAAUGAAAUUCAUGCCAAGUACCAAGAAGCAGGUAGAGGUCGAUUCUAUCAGGAAAGCGGAAAAUAGCAAGAAGGUGGACCCACGUCUAAUGAAAAGAUUCGUGAGAGAUAGCACGUAUGAUCCGUUUGAUUUUUCCUUAGGAAGAAUACAUCUUGAUAGAAAGCACAGCUCAUCCAACCGCUCUGCCAAUGAUAUGUUUGACAAAUUUGGUGUCAACCCCUUAGACUUAUACACUAGUCCCGAGGUGCUCUCCCAAUUUCUCUCUUCCACGGGCAAAAUUCUUCACAGAGAUGUUACAGGUUUAUCAGCGAAGAACCAACGUCGUGUGUCCAAGGCGAUAAGAAGAGCUCAAGCCAUUGGUUUACUGUCGAAAACUCACAGAGAUGUCUCAUUUUUACCAACAAGAAUUAGCGGUAAACUAUAG